AUAUUACCAUUAAAAAAUUGAAAAGGUGUUAAAAAAUCAUUAGGUAAAAUAUGUUUUGUUGUAAGACGAAAUAAAUUUCCAGCUAAUCAGACUUAGACUUAUACCAAUAUGUACACAUACAAUACGUAUACGUUUAUCACAAUUAAAUAGUUUACUCAUUGUUUGUCGCAAUUCAAUAAGAGAAAGUACUAAGUCAGUCACCUGUCAAUCAAUCUAACAUAUUGAUGAUAACGGAGAGUCAGCACUGAAAGCGUCAUUCAAACAUAAAAUAUAGCUACAUAUCUAUAUCUGAAAUAAUUCCUGUAAUUUACACACAUUCACUAAAAUAAAUGUAAUAAGUACUUAUACAUAACAACGAAUCGGAGAUACUGCCUGCCAAAGACACGAUGAAAGUGUGCGCUAAGCUAGCCUAGAGACAGGCGGGUGGCCCUUGUUGGCCGAACUAAAAAUAAAAAGAAGUGUACAUGUACGAAACGUCACAUACUAUGCCGAAUAUUAUGUUCAAAUCGAACUAAAGGUGGGCUAAGUAAAAACGCCCAUCUAAACACGGUAACAUUUCAUUUCGAAUCAGACGUUGGCCAAAACUGCAACAAUCGGAGCAGCAAUAACCGAUAUAUGAAGUUUGAACAAAAAAUUUUAAAACUCGAAACGCUGUUAAUUAAAACAACUAAUAAAAAUAAAAUAAAAUAAAAACCUUAAAUAUAACUUAAAAUGACCGAGCUAAAAGGUGCGAAUACAAAAUGUGUGAAUAUGGUGUGCAGGAAGUAAUAUUUAAGAUGCAAAAACAUGUUAAAUUCCAUGAUCGACCUGAAUAGGCAAAAUUUCGGUGAACACAGCUUAUUGUGUAUUGACAUUGACAAACAAAAUACAUUAAGUGAUGUUAAUUGAAAGUUACAUAGAAACUUGAUACAUACAGACAAACUCACACGUUAGAAAAUGAAGGAAAAAAUAAAUAUGAAUAAAAAAAAAGCGUCAAACAACCAAGUUUUUCUUACGUGCAAAAAUUUAAAUAUGUUCUAGAAUUCGCAAAAAAUAAUUUUAAUCGAUUUAAGGAAAUUUAUUAUUUGCUGAUAAGUUUUAAAACAUCAAAUUUGUUCACAAAUUAGUGCCAUUUUUAAAAUACUUAUAUAAUAUGUAACCACAAAGUUAAACAUUAAUUUAUUUUAACCCUAUAAGUGUUCUUAAACAAGUCAAAUAAUAAAGAAAAAUAAUUUUAUUUUUCCAAAUUUAAUGAGAAAACAAAAAGCUUGGAUAGAAGUUUUGCUUCUAUUACGUCAAAUUUAAGGUAAAUCGCUACGAAAAAAAAGAAAUAAAUCUUAGUUCAAUCUAAAUGACAAGUAUCGGAUACGAAAAUGUUCUACGAGAUUUACGACGCUUAAGAAAAUUCAUUUUGAAGAAGAUUCAAGCAUUCGCCUGCCAAAAACUGGAACACUUUUUUAGAUGAAGAAAUCUACCACGAGAAAUUACCAAAUAUAUAUGAAGGAAUUGUCAAAUCUGCAAAGAAUUGUUGCACAACCGCCAGCGUAAAAAAAUUUAUCCCCAUCAUUACCUGGUUACCGAAAUAUGAAUUGAAUUUUCUUAUACCCGAUUUCGUUGCGGGCGUAACGGUGGGCCUAACCGCUAUACCACAGGCGAUCGUUUAUGGCACAAUAGCUGGCUUAACACCACAAUAUGGGUUAUAUUCAGCUUUUAUGGGAUGUUUUGUUUAUAUAUUUUUUGGCACUUGCAAGGAUGUGACAAUCGGUCCCACUGCCAUUAUGUCUAUCAUGGUCCAGGCGCACACCCACAAUGCUGAUUACGCUAUAUUGGCAUGUUUUUUCACCGGUGUCGUCACAUUUCUAAUGGGUAUUUUAAAUCUUGGAGUUCUAGUGCAAUUUAUAUCGAUGCCCGUGACUACGGGCUUUACUAUGGCCGCGGCAAUAACAAUUGCUAGUGGACAAAUUAAUAACUUGUUUGGAAUAUCAAGUGCGAGCAAUGAGUUUAUAGAUUCGUGGAUAUAUUUUUUUAAUCAUAUAAACAACACCCAACGCAACGAUGCUUUACUGGGUAUAAUAACGUUAAUUAUGCUGUUAAUUAUGCGCAAAAUAAAAGAUAUUCCCUGUUCUUAUAAAAGUCUAACUAAAUACAUAUCAUUGUCCCGCAAUGCGUUGGCGGUUGUUGUUGGCAUUAUACUCUGUUAUUUCCUAAGUAGCGAUGACUGGUUACCUUUUCGGGUAAGCGGAAAAAUUGUACCUGGCCUCCCACCCUUUAAAAUACCACCAUUUCAUACUAAAAUCAAUGGCACAUAUAUUGGUUUAGAAGACAUGGUGGAGGAUUUGGGUGCUUCACUAAUCUCUAUACCCGUUAUUGCUGUGCUCGAAACUAUAGCUGUGGGGAAAUCUUUUUCGAUGGGAAAAAUUAUCGACGCUUCACAAGAAAUGAUUGCUCUAGGCUUAGCCAAUAUUUUCAGCAGCUUUUUCUCAUCCAUUCCUAUUUCGGGGUCAUUUACGCGUACAGCAAUAAAUAAUUCUAGCGGCGUUAAAACAGUCCUUGGUGGCGCUAUAACCGGCAUAUUAGUGCUAGUGACUUUGGCUUUUCUCACCAAUACAUUUUAUUUCAUACCAAAAUCCACCUUAUCUGCUAUCAUUAUAGCUGCUAUGAUUUUCAUGGUGGAGUAUGAUAAAAUUGCUGAAAUUUGGCGUUCGAAAAAAACUGAUAUGAUUCCCUUCUUAGUAACAGUACUUUGCUGUCUUUUCUGGACACUCGAAUAUGGCAUGGUUUGUGGGAUAGUCGUGAAUACAUUAUUUAUCUUAUACAAAAGUGCGAGACCUACAAUUAUUAUCACAGAAGAAAAACUUCUAAAAGAUAUUGUGAUAGCUAUGGUGGAUAUUCAAGAAAAUUUAAACUAUUCCUCUGCGGAGUAUCUAAAAUCUAAAGUAGUCAGAUACAUUUCAGCGCAUAGUGAAAAAAUUGGAAAAGUUGUAAUAAGAGGAGAGGAAAUUCACACAAUUGACUAUACUGUAGCACUGAAUAUUCUCAGCUUAAAACAAGAUUUGCUUGCCUUAAACUGUGAACUUUUAUGUUGGAAUUGGCAAAUACCAUCCGCUGGAGUCGUUUGUCGCUUACAUCCUGACGUGCGCAAAAUGUUUAAAUUCAGUAAAACAUUACAGGAAGUCAUAUCGAUGAAUAUGCAUCAAAGUACCACAACAUUAGAAACAGAUUGCGAGGCAAUUACGAUACCAACAUAAGAUGUUUUUGUUUACGUUUAAUUUCGUUAAUGAUAUUUAAUCAAAUAAAAUGAUAAAUCUCUGGAUAACAUGUGUUGUUUGUAUCACCUAAGACUAAUCGAGAUAUGUUUAGAACGGUAAAGCUUUUUUAUACUUUCGUUUUUGGGAUAUUUUUAGAAAUGUAAGAGGAAAAAGUAUUUCUGUGAUAUACGGAUACUAAAAAAAUAUCAAUUAUGCAAAAAGGGGGUUGGUGUCAUGCGGAGACUCAUUGCUUCUUGACAUAUUAUAUAUUUGGUAUGUCGGGGUCGAUAGGUAGGAGUUUAACCUGCUACAGUAUCCAGAACGAAAUUACGGAAGGGUCUAGAUUCUCGUGGCAACUCGAGCUCUUCGUCUGCGAUGGGUGGUGGUUUGACUCCAAGUACGCGAUUUACUGUCGUGGCCACUCGAGCUCUUCGUCUGCGAUGGGUGUGU